UCCCUAACUGCUAGGCCUAUAAAAAUGUGGCAACAUCAAUCCCUCCAAAACACAGGGAGUGAUCGAAUUUUCCAAAACACCAUGGCAUUUCAAAUUCACAACAAAGCAAUAGUUGAAUUGCUAUACAAGGCACUAUUGGGAGAAGUAAAGAAAAUGGACAUGGUAUCCAAAUUGGUGGCAAGUGAUCUUGAAUGGUGGUUCCAUGGUCCACCACAUUGCCAACACAUGAUGAGGCUCCUAACAGGGGAGAAGCCUCACAACAAUGGGUUCCGGUUCGAGCCGAGAAGCGUCACUGCCAUUGGAGACUGUGUCAUCGCCGAAGGGUGGGAAGGAAAGGCCUAUUGGGUGCACGUUUGGAAGCUCAAGAAUGGCCUCAUAACUCAGUUCAGAGAGUACUUUAAUACAUGGCUUGUGGUAAGGGAUCUCCGGCCACCGGCAUGGGAAGAUGAGAGGCACGACAGCAACACUCUGUGGCAGAGCCAGCCUCGCGAUCUCUAUCGCCGCUCGCUGCCCGGACUGCUGUUAGCUAUUUAGCAUUUUCCGGUCAUUGGUUUAAAUAGAAAACGAAAUCCACUUGUAUCUAAAAUUUUAAUACCGGUGAAAAUCAGGUACAAUCGACUUUAUGUGAAAUUAAUAGUUGAGAGUUGUUAGAUGAAAAUUUAGUCAAAUCAUUCAAAUCAUCUAACAGCUCUCGAUUAUCAACUUUACAUAAAGUGGAAUGCAUCUAAGUUUCCACCCACCUUUAAUAAAAGUAUUGAAAUCUAAACCUUCUCAACAUAAUUCACUUGUACAUAAUUUUCCACCUGUUUGAAUCUUAUCAUCAUCAGUUUCAA